AUGGCUCCCUCAAACUUUAAGAGCUCUUUGGAUAUCACGUUCAUCGGAACUGCAACCGCCAUCCUCGAAAUUGAUGGCGUUACCUUACUGACAGACCCUAUGUUUUCACCAGAAGGCACAGAGUGGGACAUGGGACUCGCUGUCCUCAAAAACACGGAAUCUCCUGCCAUAGGACUGGAGAAUCUUCCUCCAAUCGAUGCCAUCUUAUUAAGUCACGAAGACCACCCAGACAACCUCGACGAAUUGGGUCGUCGCCUACUCGACGGCCGCAGAGUCCUCACCACAGUCGAUGGCGCCAAGAACCUGGCACCGCGCCCCGGUGUCAAGGGCCUGAAGCCUUGGGAGACAACCACGCUUAUUGCUGGUAAUAAAGAGUUCCAAGUCACUGCGACCCCAUGCCAGCAUCUUCCCGGUGGUGAAUGCACCGGUUUUAUUCUGACGAACGCGGACUUUGGAACGAGCGAGGACGGUCGCCCCAAUGCUAUUUAUGUUUCCGGCGACACGGUAUAUCUGGACGAGCUGGCCCAAGAGAUUCCCAAACGGUUCAGCGUUGUAGCGGCUAUCAUGAACUUUGGCCAUGCGAUUGCACCCCUUCCGACGGGCCCACAAGCGAUUACCAUGGAUGGGAAGUCGGGUGCCCGCUUGCUGCAGGCACUUCAAUCAGAUGUCCUUGUUCCAAUGCACUAUGAGUCUUGGGGCCAUUUUACUCAGUUUGGAAAGGAACUUGCGCAGGACUUCGAAGCAGCAGGUGUGCAGGAUAAGGUGUGCUGGUUGACCCCAGGUCAGAGAAAAAAGGUUUUGUAG